GUCUAUAACGUGUGCAUUUUAAAAAACCACGUACGAAUAGUUCAAAGAGGCUGGAGAAAUGUCAAAGCAGCAGCCAUGGCCGUUCAUCAUCCUCCUCCUAACAACGCUCUUCCAUCUGUCUUAUGGUGACGUAGGUGCCGCUGCCCAUUACAGCCCGCCAUAUAUUCCCACCGCCUGCUUCGGGAACGAUGCCUCCCAGUUUCCUUCUAGCAACUUGUUCGCAGCGGCCGGGGAAGGCAUAUGGGACAACGGUGCUUCCUGUGGGCGGCAAUACUUAGUAAGGUGCAUCAGUGCGGCUACCCCAAGAACUUGCAAGCCUGGGCAAACGAUUCAAGUAAGGAUUGUUGAUCGAGCAGAGACAUCAGUUUCUAGGCCUUCCAGCAAUGGUGCUACAAUAGUUCUUUCUACAACUGCAUUUGGGGCCAUUGCAAAUCCGUCUGCAGCAUCCGUUAACAUUGAAUUCCAACAGGUCUGAAUUAUGAAGACUCCGGUACCCCUCAGUACCUGUUUCAUGAAGCUUGGAUCAAAUUCUUUUGGUUCUAGAAACCCAUCCAUCUAAAGUCAAAGCGUUCGAUUUGGCUUUUUUGGUCCUAUUAAUAUAUGCAUUAAAACGUAUGUAUUUGUCAA